AUGAGCAACGACAAGCUUCCCCAGAACCAUCCGUCGUCGCCACCGGGGCUCACGCCUUCAAGGGCCGGCCUGGCAAAGGCUAAAAACCUCUACAUUGCUCAUCGCCGCUCUCCGUCCGACUGGACGUCGUUGAUGGUGGAGCAGUACAAUUUACAACGACAGUUGGAGGCGUCAGACUUUGGCCUGCCCCACCUGCGGUCUCCGUCGUUCAAUGCCUCGCUGAACCACCGUCGAACGGGCUCCACCCUGUCGCAGCAGGGCCACAGCAGACGCCAUUCGUUGGGCGUCAACGAGGCCAUCAAGGCAGCUGCCUCCCAGCGGCAGCUGAACUAUCAGAAUACACAGGGUGCCCCCGCCGCGGGCGCUCCUCAAAUCAAUGUAUCCAUUGGUGCUGGCGGUGGCGGCGACCUGCCAUACCACCUGCUGCCUCCGUUGGGCCCGGACCCAAUCUCGCAAUUCCGGUUCCCCAGCACGACAAGCCCCAACUACGCAGCAGCGGCUGCUGCUGGGCCCAUCUCUUCGAACCACGAGAGCCCUGUCAAUCGGGGCCACGCGCGGUCUCGCUCGGCUGCCUACGGCCAGCCUCCACUGCUGCUGCUGCUGCCUCUGUUCAAGUUUCCUGCCGACAACAACCCAUUGCUUCCUCCGGCGCCAGGCUACUCGAACCUUUCGCCUGAACGAGGCGGCUCUGGCGGCGGCCACCUGAGACGCUCAUCUCACUUCAGACUGAACUCGAAGAAUUUCGAUACCAACUCUAGCAUCAACUCCAAUUGGAGGUCGCAGCAGCAGCCUGCAGCAUCUAAUCCCUCUGCCUCCUUCACUCACCAGCGCAAUGCCUCGUCCACCUUGGAGCCUCCUUCUCUGUUUGUUCCGGGCCACAAGGGCCGCGGCGGCUCCUACGGCGGUGGCUCCGUCUCGUCGUUGUCUCUGUUCAUGCCUGGGAACUCCGGGUCGAAUUCCGGCGGUAACUCUGGCGGCAGGAAAUCCCUUUUCGCUCCUUACUUGCCUCAGCUGUCGUUACCUGAAUUGAUCAACGAGGGCAGACUUGUCACGGGCAUUUUGCGGGUCAACAAGAAAAACAGAUCCGAUGCCUACGUCUCCACCGACGGUCUUUUGGACGCAGACAUCUUCAUUUGUGGCUCCAAGGACAGAAAUCGUGCUUUGGAAGGCGAUUUGGUGGCGGUGGAGUUGCUAGUUGUUGAUGAGGUGUGGGAGUCCAAGAAGGAGAAAGAAGAGAAGAAGCGCAGAAAGGACAACACCUUGACGAAGAACAACGCCACCUCGGUGUUAAGCGACGAUAUCCACAACGACGCCACUUCCACGCUGCCAGGCAAUGACGAGUCCAAGACCGACAAGGACGGUGAGGGUCUCGGCAGAAGAGGCUCUCUCAAGCAAAGACCGACCAUGAAAAAGAAUGACGACGUCGAGGUCGAAGGCCAGGCGUUGCUUUUGGUGGAAGAAGAAGAGAUCAACGACGAAGUGAAACCUUUGUAUGCUGGCCAUGUUGUGGCGGUUGUUGAUCGUAUUCCUGGCCAAAUUUUCGCCGGUACGCUUGGCCUCUUGAGGCCUGCUCAGGCUGCGCAGGCUGCUAUCGAUAAGAAGACCGGCAAGGAGCCCUCUGUGCAAACCCCUAAGGCUCCCAAGAUUGUCUGGUUCAAGCCAACUGACAAGAGAGUGCCUUUGAUAGCCAUCCCCACUGAGCAAGCCCCCAAAGACUUUGUGGAGAACCACGAAAAGUAUGCUGAUCAGGUAUUUAUUGCUCUGAUCAAGAGAUGGCCAAUCACUUCGUUGCAUCCAUUUGGUACUUUGGUGAGCAAAUUGGGCAAAUAUGACGAUCCUCAGGUGGAGAUCGACUCCAUCCUCAGAGACAACAAUUUCACCGACGAGUACUACUCUGGAUUGGAUGGCGACGAUGGGCUUGUUAAGUCCUUAAUUGCAUCAUUGCCAAGUGUGGAAUCCGAAAUGAGUAAUCCUGAUAGAGCUGGGUUUUUCAACGACUACAUCAUUGCAUUCACUGAAAAUAAGCUGUUCGUUGAUAAUGCCAUGCACGUCAAGCGUCUCAGUGAUACUAUCAUUGAGUUGGGAUUCCAUGCUGUGGACAUUUCGCAUUUUGUGCAACCCGGAUCUCCAUUGGAAAGAAAGGCUAAAAAGAUCUCCUCGUCUGUUUUCUUGCCUCAAAAGGCUUUACGCUUGUACCCUAAUGAGUUUAAUGAUUUAAUUUCCUUCAAAGAUAACGAGAAGAGCUUGGCCAUUUCGGUGACUUUUGAGAUUGACACUACGUCUUUCGAAGUGGAGAAGGUACACAUUCGUGAAUCUGUUGUUGUUCCAAAACUGACAGUGUCGUUUGAUGAUGUGGAUGCUAUUUUAAGCAACAAAAAACCCAAUGAUGAAAUCACCUCGGCAACGUGUGAUUACAUCAAGACAUUUGCUCUCAUCGCCAAGGAAUUCCGUCGUCAGCGUUUGAACGACAGAAAUCUUGGUAUCAGCCCCUCAUUAACUCUUUUGGACCAGCUUGACGAUGAGAAAGUCAGGUUGCACUUGAACAUUUUUGAAUACAGCUCUGCUUUGAGAAUUGUUUCGGAAAUUGGUCAUAAGGUAAAUGCCACGGUCGCAGCCAAGGUUCAUGCAACACUAGGUGAUGAGGCAUUUUUGCGUCGUCAAGCUUUGCCUACUUUGCAAAAGAUCGAAAACUUCUCCCGCAAGGCAUACAAUUUAGGUUUCAAGAUCGAUACAUCCACUUCGAGCAGCUUGCAGCAAUCUAUCCUUAAGAUCAACGAUCCUCUCAAGAGACAGUGCAUUGAAACCUUACUUUACAAGUGUAUACCACGGGCCAAGUACUAUAUUGCUGGGAAACAGGACCCAGAGAACUACUCGCAUUACUAUUUGAACUUGCCACUUUACACUCAUUUCACAUCUCCCUUGCGCAGAUUCGCCGACUUGAUUGUCCACAGACAAGUGAAGCAAGCAAUCAGUGCCUCCGCUGAGCGCGACAAGAUUCCUGAUUUGGAUGCUUUGAAGGGAAUAUCUGACUACUGCAAUUUCAAGAAGGAUUGUGCCGCCAAUGCGCAAGAGCAGGCGAUCCACCUUCUUUUGUCCCAGACUAUCAACGAAAUGAGCGAGCAUGCUGGUCAGUUGUUGGUAAUGGGAACUGUUCUUCAAGUUUACGAAUCCUCCUUUGACGUUUUCAUCCCAGAGUUCGGUAUCGAAAAGAGAGUCCAUGGUGACCAGUUGCCCUUGGUAAAGGCAGAGUUCGAUAAGGCUAACCGCAUCUUGGAGUUGUUCUGGGAAAAGGGCGUGGACGCUGCCACGUACGUUCCACCUGAUGAAAAAUCAUCUUUGAGUUAUAGAAACUCCAUCAAAAACAAAUACCGUACCUCAGCGCUGGAGGCGGCCAAAAUUCAGAGAAAGAAUGCCCUGGAAAGAGACAAUAAUAUCGUCCCCGACUCAAUUGUCGAGAAUCUCAAGGCUUUGAGCAUCGACAUGCCCAAAGUCACGACGCCACAAGACAAGCAAACUCUCUGGAAGUCAAUGCCGUCUUCACCUUCACUCAACCUGUUUGGUGGCUCCAGCAGACCAAGCUCCGGGUCAUUCCUUGACACAAACAUUGCAGCCCGUUAUGACGAGGACGGACUUGCACCUUAUUUACAGAGCGUGAUCACUCGCGUGGAGAACAAUUCUUACAUUCAAGAGAUCCGGGAAAUGCAAACUGUGCCGGUAUUGUUAAGGGCAGAAAUUGGCAUGGCGCUUCCAUGUUUGACAGUGCGGAUACUAAAUCCGUUCGCCAACCAAUAA